UGGGAAGCUGCGAGGAAAGCGUUUUAAAAGGGCCAUAUAUUCCUCGUGCUUUUUCACACCUCCAAACCAACCAAACCAAAGCGAUAAGCCUUACCCUAUUACUCAGCACCUAUACAUAUACACACAGUGCUAUUACUUCCAGAGAGAGAAAACAAAAACCAUAAGGUAGAGAGAGAGAGAGAGAGAGAAGGCAGUUUAAGUUUUUGGUUGAUUUCUUUGAUUCUCUGAUCGAUUUUGAGUUUGUUUGCUGGAAACUAUGUCGAGUUCGUCUGGUUCUGCUGAUUCCGGGAGGUUUUCCGGCCAUAGACACUCCUCCAGAGUGCCCGAGAAGUCGGCGUCGUCGAGCUUCUCUCAGACGUGUAGUUUGUUGAGCCAGUACCUGAAGGAGAAGAAAGGCACAUUCGGAGAUCUCAGUCUCGGCAUGCCAACCGCAACGACAACUAUGAAUUUGUUCCCCGUUGCUAUGAAAUCGAGUGAGGUUUCCCGAAAUGGAACUCCGGUGACGAGAAACCUCACGUCUAUGGACUUAUUUCCACAGCAGUCUGGUUUUGGUUCCAACAUUUCCGUGGAAGAGUCCCUCAACAAGGUUGAUUCGAGUGCUAUAAACAAGUCAGAGCCAGAAACUGCACAAAUGACCAUAUUCUAUGCCGGGCAAGUGAUUGUGUUUAAUGAUUUCCCGGCUGAUAAGGCAAAGGAAAUCAUGCUCUUAGCUAGCAAGGGAAGUUCCCAUCACAACCCCGGCACGCUUGCUUCAACACCGGUCCAAAAACCAAUCGAACCCACUAAUUUGAUUCCCACUAGCUCAGCGAGUGCUAUUGUCCCUAAUUCAGGCAACAAUACGAUCUCAAUCGAACCCAUUAGUUUGAUUCCCACUACCUCGAGUGUUGCUGCCCCUAAUUUUAGCAACAAUAUGAUUCAAGAACGUGUCCAGGUCCAACGGGCUUCUCAACCCAUUGCUACCGAUCUACCAAUUGCUAGAAAAGCGUCGCUCACCCGGUUCUUGGAGAAGAGAAAAGAUAGGAUCACAUCAAGAGCACCAUACCAAAUAAGCAGCUCAACUUCUCCUCCCAAGCCGACUGAAAGCAAGUCAUGGCUCGGCUUGGCAGCUCAAUCUCCGGUGCAGUUUGAGCACCAUUUGUAGUCAUUUUGGCAGCAUCAGUUAUAUUCAGCAGUGUUAUGUUGUAUUUUUUACUAUAUGUUUCGGCUUAUUUUGGUUAUUGAAUCUACAAAGCCAGCCAUUAGAUCUAACUGUUUCGAUCUUACUUUUAGUUUGUGUAAUUAGAUUAAUGGGAAAGUCUUCAUUAUAUAUUAUCUUUAUUGAUUAGAUGAUUAUUAGCAAAUGUGGGAUUCUUUGUUUGAAUGGGAUUAAGAACGUUUAGCAGUCAAGGCACAUGAUGAUGAAUUCAACAUUUUGUUGUUUGGCUUAUGUAAAUGUGUGUUUUUUGUA